GAUAUUAACGACAACUUACCCGGACCAUCGACGCGUCCGGACAUAACCGCCACUAACGAGCCACCCCAAAAAAUGCCCGCGAGAGUCUCGUGGGCAUCUCGCAUGAUGAAAAAACGGCAUUGGGAAAUGGUUACUAACGAUAUUAAUCACGUCGACAACUUACCCGAACCUCACACCAACUCACCUCAACAGCAUAACACCAACUCACCAUCGCCAUCCUCACCAACAUCGUCAGCUAACACUUCAACUAACUCGGUCGCUAACUGUCCUUACUUACUAAGACAUCCGCGACGUGAGGUCGCUAACCAACUAACAACGCCCCGACACCAUCCGCAAGAGUUCCAGGGCACUAACCUGAACUCACUCAACCCUGGACUCUCAGCCGGGCUGGCUGAACCACUAACGCCACCGUACACAAUCGCUAACAAUCAAGUCUGUAAGUAUUACGAUCACAAUACAUUUGAUUUCAUUUCUUAUUCGGUCUGA